CAGCCAGCUACAACUCCCGGCUCCUCCCCUCCAACCCUGCUCCACCACCUCCCACAUGAUGCCAUCCUUCCCCGCAGAUAUACCCGCAGCAAUUCAGCUGUCCUCUCACGCCAACCUGACACACCUUCCCAUCCCUUCCUUCCCGUUAGUUAGUUGCCGCUCGCCACCGCACCCCACCGCACCGCAAGAGGAAGGGCAUUCGCUCGCCCUGCCCGCCCUCCUCACCUUGCUUCCGCAGAAAGAUCCAUUUGGUUGGACUGGCGGUGCUUCCCCUGCAGACCGCCUGCAGUGGGAGAGAAUUUGUUGGGGCCAUGGGAAAGAAGGGCAAGUGGCUGGGCGCCGUCAAGAAGGUGUUCAGCCCUGAGUCCAAGGAGAAGAAGGAGGAGAAACUGAGGAAGAAAUUGGCUGCAAGAGACCCCAGUCCACCAGAUCUAACACCUUCUACUUCCUUGGAAGUCAAUGUUUCGAUGCCGCCGCCGCCGCCGCCUCCCGCAGUUCCUUCUCCACACCAAACCGAGGAGGUUCAGGUCCGGGAUGUUGAGCUGGAGCAGGAGCAGGAGCAGAGCAAGCAUGUGACCGUGGAGGCAGUUCCUGAUGCUCCUGUGCAGACGUCGACGGCAUUGCCACCUGGUGUAUCUAGGGAAGAGCUCGCUGCAAUCAAGAUCCAGACCGCCUUUAGGGGAUACCUGGCAAGGAGGGCACUACGAGCCUUGAGGGGCCUUGUUAGAUUGAAGUCAUUGGUCGAGGGUAAUUCGGUUAAGCGUCAAGCUGCAAGUACUCUGCGCUGUAUGCAGACUCUCGCACGGGUGCAGUCACAGAUACGUUCAAGAAGGCUGAAGAUGUCUGAGGAGAACCAAGCCCUCCAGCGCCAGCUCCUGCUGAAACAGGAGUUGGACAGUUUGAGGAUGGGGGAGCACUGGGACGACACCACUCAAUCCAAGGAGAAGAUCGAAGCAAGUCUAAUAAGCAGGCAAGAGGCUGCGAUAAGAAGAGAGAGAGCUCUCGCAUAUGCGUUUUCCCAUCAGUGGAAGAGCAGUUCAAGGUCCUCCAACCCAAUGUUUGUAGACCCAAACAACCCACACUGGGGCUGGAGCUGGCUGGAACGCUGGAUGGCAGCAAAGCCUUCUGAGGCCGGCCGCACUGGAACCGGCAAGGAAAGCAACAUUGACCAGGGAUCAGUGAAGAGCACGAGUUUGAACCUUGGAGAGGGCGAGAUCACUAAAGCCUUCAACCGUAGGGGCUCCAAGCCAGACAAGUCGUCACCGACGACUCCAAAGCUGACCCGCCCAGCGUCCCGGCUAUCCCCUUCUACACCCACUGCCAAAGUGACACCAAUAGUUGUGAAGAAGAAAUCUGCUACACCGAAGAACGGGAUUUCACAGGUGGAUGACGAUGCAAGGAGCGUGCUCAGUGUGCAGUCCGAGCGACCAAGGAGGCACAGCAUAGCCACCUCAACGGUGCAGGAUGACGAGAGCCUCGCAAGCUCUCCAUCAGUCCCAAGCUACAUGGCUGCCACAAAAUCUGCUAGGGCCAAGUCCCGCCUCCAGGGGUCACCACUGAUCGAUAGUGCAGAGACGACACCAGAGAAAGGAGGCUCUGUUAGUGUUGGGUCAGCCAAGAAGAGGCUGUCCUUCCCAGCUGGAGGGGUUCCCCCCUCGCCAAUGAGGCGGCAUUCUGGCCCUCCAAAGGUGGAGAGCAUGGUGAAGGACAUCCCCGAGACGCCGCAGCCAGAGGCCCUGGCGAUCAGCGGUUGAAACAAACAAGCAACUCAUACAAGUGGAGACGGGACUAUGGAUUAUUAUGCAGAUAUACACAUUCCACCCAUGAAAAAAAAGGUUAAAAGUUCUUCGAAUUGUUGCAUUUUGUUUUCAUCCAAUUAUUAUCGUGACUACAUUGUCGUCUUCAUUAGGGGAAGACUCUCGGUGUCGUCUGUUGGUCCAUUUCAUUUGUUGCUUGUGCAAAACCAUAUGGGGUUUGUUGUUUGUAUGUACACAGGUCUUCUAUUUAUGCGAGCAAUAUAUUUCUUC